AUGGCCUCUUCGGAAUACAAUUAUGACGAAUCAGGCGAGACAUGGCCGUUCUUUGUCUUGGCCAUCCUCAGUGUGAUACUCAUACCCUUGUCCAUCAAAUACAUCUAUCGGAUCAGAGACAGCUCUAACCCAGUAAUAGAAAACCAAAAAAUUAAAGGUGCAAUCACUGAAGACGCCACCAGUAUCGGCGUCGCCAAUGCCGACUCCAUCAAACACUUUAAGAGAAAGCAAAAGUCUGACAAAAUCUUCAACAAGACCUUGGUGUUUCUUAUUCUCGGCUGGCUUGCUGUUUUGUACGUGGGCAAAUAUGUUACUAAAGACGCCGACACGUCGGUGUUGUUUGAUCCCUAUGCUAUUUUGGACGUUUCCUUUAGUUCCACCGAGCUGGAAAUCAAGAGUCACUACCGUAAGUUGUCGUUGAAGUACCAUCCAGAUAAGUUGCCUAGAGAUUUGACCCAGGAAGCCAAGGACAAGAUGGAACAAGAGUACAUCAAGUUGACAUCUGCCUACAAGGCCUUGACCGAUCAGACCAUGCGAGAAAACUACUUGAGAUAUGGUCACCCAGAUGGUGAGCAACCAACCACCCAUGGUAUCGCCCUUCCCCAAUUCUUGGUUGAAGGAAAGUACAGCUCAAUUGUCAUUGUGGGCUAUUUCCUCUUGAUUGGGGUUUUGUUGCCCUAUGUCGUGGGCAAAUGGUGGAACAACGUCAAGAGCCACACCAGAAAGGGAUUGCGCGUUGAAACUGCUGCUCAGUUUACGAGAAAAUUAACCGAUAAGGAUCCUGGUAAGGUUGUAACUCCCCAUGACAUUUUGGACUGGGUGUUGGAAAGUCAAGAAAUAAAGAAGAGCUUCCCUAAUUUAAGUGUUGGCGAAAUCAAGAACCUUGUUGAAUUACAUUUGAACCGAGAUUUCUCAAACACCGCGGUGGAAAAUGACAAGGUUGAACUUGUAGCCAAGUUGCCAUUUUUGAUCCUGGGUCUUGUUGACAUUGCUGUUGUUUUCCGUGUCCAUGAUGUUAUUCUCGCCGCCGAAGAUUUGAAAAAGUGUAUUGUUCAAGCUGUUCCUAUCAACGGCAGAUACCAAGAAUUAUUGCAAUUGCCAUUCGUCGAUCGUGAAACUGUGAUUAACCAACCAAUUAAGAAAUUGGGUAAAUUGCUCACUCUUUCUCAGGAUGAAGCCAAGAAAGUAUUGGGUAUUAAAGAUGACGCGCAAGUGAAACGUGCCCUCGAAGUUGCCUCUCACAUCCCUACACUUCGUAUUCUUGAAGCUGAAUUCAAAUUGCCUGGCGAAGAAGUCAUCCCUCCCCAAUCCAGCGUUCAUUUAUCCGUUAAAUUCCUUGUUAAGUCCCCAAGAAUAAAAUCCUGUCCUGAAAUCGACGAUAAAAGAUUGAAGGAUGAAGAAACCUUGGACUAUUUGAAAAACCCCUUAAUUGUCAAUGAUCAACAACCACAAUUACCAUUCUCAUACACUCCUUUCUUCCCUAUCAGUUUCCGUAAUGGCUGGGACGUCAUGCUCAUCAACCAAAAGGAUAAUAAGUUAGUGGAAGACAGUACCGUUUACAGUUUGGAAAAUAUCGAUUUGUCCGAUUUGGAAAUCUCUCAAGAAUCUUGGAAAGAAGGUAAGGAUGUAGUUAUUGGAACAUUCAAGAUCCCAUUGCCUCAACCCACUGGUGCUAUUGGAACUCACUCUUACAGAGUAAUCAUGAAAAAUAACGCUUACUUUGGUGCUGAUGUCGAUGUUCCUGCCUACUUGGAAGUUGAACAUGCGCCAAUAAAGGCCGAACUUUCGAGUGUCAAGAAGAAGUUAUUGGACGAUAGCGAUGAAUCUGAUUCUGACAGUGAUAUUUCUGACCCUGAAGAAGACUCCUUGGCUGGUGCCUUGGCUGCUUUAAGAGGUGAUGUCAAGAAUAAGUCUAACAAGAUUCAAGAGUUGAAUGACGAUGAUAGCGAUAACGAAAGUGUGUUUACUGAUAUCAACACGGAUACUGAAGAUGAAGCUGAUUAGAAUAUAUUUAUAUAUAUAUAUAUACAUAAUAAUAAAAAAAAG